UUUUCCUCCAGUGGAGGCCACAACACACACUUUUCACUGAUUUGCACAUUAGGUUUGGCUGACGUGUUUCCUGACACCUCCCUGCAUUUUAUCCGGGCUGGGGACACGAUUGUUUACGAAAUUUAAAGUUUUUUCGUUUUUUUUCCUCGAUCUUUUGGCUCGGACCUUCUAUGACUCCUUCUAUCUCCGGGUGCACCUGCGUCUGAACCACAGCCCUCCUCUGAUUGGCUCUUCUCUCUUAGGGGCGGGAUCUCCGUAAGAAGCUGGCCCGCUGAUUGGACACCGGGGCUGUCCUUCAAAGCGGAUGCGUCUACCUGCCACUUCCUGCUGGUCGUUGUUAUUCAAUUUCACUUUUGUUUUUCUGAAGGCGUCGCGGAGCUUGUUGACGCGUCGGUGUCGUUGGGCUCGGUGGUUCGGUCGCCAUGGCCCGGCUGGAGUCCAGAUGAGGAACCAGCUCGGGUAGACGCCGCGUGAGCUUCUGCGUCUGGCGCUGUUAUGGUUCCCCCAGCCGCGAUGCUGUCCUCUGGAUAAGCAGGACAACGGCGGCCGGGAAGGACUGACCGCAGGAACGGCAUGGAGUGGAAGUCAUUUGUGCCCCAAGCUGAAGGCCUCUGUAGCCCCGACCUGUGCAGUCCACCAGUGCCUUUGUGAGCAUGUAUCGCAGAAACGGGCUUUUGGAUGGCACCAGCAUCAACUCAGUCACCUCAGAGGCAAGCAGCAGUUCAUGCUCCUUGGAUGGACCUUAUGUGGACUGCGCUAAGAGCUACGAUGCAGUCGUCUUCGACGUGCUUAAGGUGACACCUGAGGAGUUUGCAAGCCAAAUUACUCUGAUGGAUGCUCCAGUUUUUAAAGCUAUUCAACCAGAGGAGCUUGCAAGCUGUGGAUGGAAUGGAAAGGAGAAGCACAGGUUGGCUCCAAAUGUGGUUGCAUUUACACGCCGCUUCAAUCAGGUGAGCUUUUGGCUGGUGAGAGAAAUCUUAACGGUCCAAACGCUGAAAAUCCGAGCGGAAAUACUGAGCCAUUUUAUCAAAAUAGCUAAGAAACUGUUGGAGUUGAACAAUCUUCAUUCUCUGGUGUCGAUCGUUUCUGCUCUGCAGAGUGCACCCAUCUUUAGACUGGACAAAACCUGGGCGUUGAUCAGCCGGAAAGACAAAGCCACAUAUGAGAAGCUGAAUUACUUGACCUCAAAGGAAGAGAACUACAUCCGCAUGCGAGAAUACAUCUGCUCCCUGAAGAUGGUGCCCUGCAUACCUUACCUUGGGAUCUACCUGUUUGAUAUGAUCUACAUUGACUCCGCCUACCCUGCGUCAGGCAGCAUGAUGGAGACAGAGCAGCGGACCAAUCAGAUGAACAACCUCCUCAGAGUCAUCUCCGACCUGCAGAUGUCAUGUAACUAUGAUCACCUGAUAACCUUGCCUCACGUCCAGAAGUAUCUGAUGUCGGUUCGCUACAUCGAGGAACUUCAGAAGUUUGUAGAGGAUGACAACUUCAAAUUAUCCCUAAAGAUUGAACCUGGCAAAAGGUCCCCACGCAUUGCAUCCUCCAAAGAAGACCUGGCGGAUCUCUCUGAGGUCUCUGCUACUUUACGGUACAACCGCCGACCUACCUGUCCAGAGGCGUCUAUGGAGCUGCACAUCCCCACGCCUCCACCGGCUCAUCACAGGAAGAGUCACAGUUUGGGAAACAACAUGAUGUGUCAGUACGGCAUGUCACAAAGCAGAAGUGCCACCUUCACCAUAGACAAGGAGCGCCACCUGCUGGACGGCAGCUUCCUGGAGUCUCAGAGUCCAGCCAGACGGGAUCCAUACACCACCUCUGUGUCCAACGGCCUGUCAUUGAGCAGCAGUGCCAGCUCGUUUGGGGAGGAGCUCUCACCCACAAUCCAGAGGGGCCGCAUGUACGCCACUCUGGGCCCGAAUUGGAAGGUUCCGCUUCGCCCGUCCCCCCGAAACCGAAGCUACUUUUACAGCGCCACUGCUGCAGUGUCCUGCCACAGAUGCUGCGAGGCCAAAAGUGUGACCUUUGAAGGACCCGUACGACGGAAAACGCUGCUCAAGGAGGGGCGAAAGCCCAAGCUCUCGUCGUGGACCAGGUUUUGGAUCAGCCUGUCUGGAUCUACACUCAUAUUCUAUAGUGCCAAAGCACUGAGGGCCUCUGAGAGGAAACAUUACAAGUCCACGCCCUGUAAGAAGGUUUGUGUGACGGGGUGGAUGGUCGUGCUGCCAGAUGACCCGGACAGACCCAACAUCUUCCAGCUAAAUGACCCAGAUAGAGGAAAUGUUUACAAGUUCCAGACGGGGUCCCGGUUCUCCGCCAUCGUCUGGCACAAAAACCUGGAGGAGGCUUGUAGGAGUUAUAAGUCCCAGAUACCAGCUAACCUCAUGUCGUUUGAAUGAAGGAGGCGUUGCCCACAGGACACUCUAAAGCCAACUCCAAUCAUUGGGAAGACUUCUGAACCUCCAGACUUGGAUGGCGUCUGCCUCUGCGGGACAGCCCGAAACCUGGCCGCUGAACGGCUCCGUGACACUGGCUUUGUGACUGUAACGUUAGCAUAUUUUGUCCGUUGUUGCUUUUUUAUAAAAAUCCCAACAUCUGAAGACUUUGAUAAGGUGCUCUAUUGAUGGCACUCCUCUAUCGUUUUCUUAACCUGCUGUGAACAUGUGAGCAAGCACAAGGAGUUCCUGCCUGUGUGGAGCUUCUGAUCUGAGGGAGUUUUUUUUUGUGCAUUUGAGCACAAAUGUGGAGAACCGUUUGAGCACUUUAGGGCGGAUCUUUGGUUCCAUCACAGUAUUCCACAGCCUUUAGACACUGAAGACUUAGAAAUAAUGGGACUGCUUUUGCAAGAGGAAAAAGGUUCAUUUCAACAGCAUGACAGGAAACUUUCUGUUCUCGUCUGGAGAUCACCUCUUCAUGUAUGUAUAUGGUAAUGAGUACCAUGGUGUCAGUGUGUGAACGUCUUUCUUUGAAACAAAUUAUUGCUUUAUGGGUCCUUGUGGCAAUUUGCUGCGGGUUUGUGAAGUCCCAGCCUGAUGUUAAAGGAGCAGCUUCGUGCCAAAUCAGGGUGGAUGAGGCCUUCAGAGCUCCACGUCCACUUUCUCAUUUCACACCUUGUUGGGAAUCUCCAGAAGUUCCGAGAUUUUUCCUCACUGGGUGAUAAGUUGCUGUCUGUGCAUUGGUCCUGUCGACGAGUGUCUUAUUGCUGUCACUGGGGUUUAAGUUCCUCCUAAAGUCCCACUCCGAUCACCUUUGGAUCUGUUUUCAAAUAUGAUGAUGAUGUUUUUAUCUGUAAUCGAAAAACUUUUCUAGAACGUAGUUUCUGCAGAGCAGCAUAGGAAUUCACCUCGGAGUUGUGGGCGCUGUUGACGCUAAGCAACACCGCCCCCCCUUCCCGUCCCUGUUGCUGGCCCCGCCCAGUGAAUUUUUUGACUUCACAAAUAAGUCUUUUUAUUUUGCUCCUGAUUUACAACAAUUUGAAUGAAAAAAAUACAAUUUUCUGUAAAUAUGUCCUCAAUCACCAGAUAAUUGAAUAUGUUAAAACACCGUUUUCAUUAAGGAAGGAGGAUCAACACACUCUUCUCCUAAACAGAAUCCUGGACGAACUGUUUUAGUGUUCUUAUUUCAGAGACUAUUUGCCACAUUUUUUGUAAAGAAACAGCAAAAAAACAAGUAAGUAUGGUGGAAAUAUACUUAUUUAAGUGUUUUUGUUUCAUUUGCUGUUCAGCCUAUAGAUAAGCUGUCUGAAAUGACCCCCCCCCCCCUCUUGCUGUUCCUGUGGACCUUGUGCUGGUCUGUCCAGAUGCUCAGCAGGCGUGUGAAUGCCCACAGAACGGGUCAUGAUAGAAACUCAAGGGUCUGUGACCCAAAAGUUCUGAGACCAGGAAGAUCUUAAAGCUGUUUGUAGACAUGAUAGUCGAUGCCAAGGGAGAGGAGGAGGACAAUCCAAUUCUGACAAACCCGGUCGGCCUGCUUCCACGAGCGCUGUUGGAGCAACAUAAAGUUAUGGAAACCAAUCCCUAGAUCGGUGUGAAUCUGAUCUAGAUCUCGUUGAUCUAGAUUCCUGCCUUUACCUGGUACCCAAAGGGGUUUUCCACAUUGGUCAGCGUCACAUUUGCAGAGUAAAAAUGAUAAAAACAAAUGUUAAAUUUGGUCAAAGAGUUAGCAGGAGGUGGGCUGAAACUCAGUCUUGCUUUAUGGGCCCUGGACCUGAGUCGUGGCCCCCUGCUGUGGGUUUGUAAAAAAUGGUUAAAAACAGUAUUAAAGAAGGGAUUGAUGAGUUUCACUCUGGGUGGACACGUCUUUGUGUCCUCUCUGCACUGAGGAAAAUGGUUGCUUAAAUGUUCAAGUGAAGAACUACAUUUUUAGAAAUGAAUUAUGUGUAAAUAAUUAUAUUUUAUUUUUUUUACUUUUCAAAGGCAGAAAAAACAGACUCUGUGAUAUUAAACCCUAAAAGAAAUUGACUUUUGUGGUGAAAGGACAUGAAAGUGAGACCUUUGCUUUGAUCCUUGACUGUUUAUGAGAACUGGAGUGAGUGACCCCGCCCAUUUUUUUCAAGAUUUUUUUUAGCUGUAUUGAAAGUUAUAAACUGACCAAUCAGAUGCUUGAAUAAAAGUAGGAGGUGCCCACUGGUCAAACGUUUGAGGUGUUUGAGCGAUUCUCCUGAUCCUGUCUCAAGUGGUAAGGCUGCAGCUUUCUAACAAGCUCACUCCUGAUUGGUCAGAGUGGUUGCCAUAGAAAUGUUUACUCAGACCAACUUGGACCAAUCAUUGCUUACUGACAAUUCCUGGUUCCAACAUGUGUCUAGAAAAAAAUUGACUUCCUUUCAUUGGAAGCCGUUUUCUAUGGGUGACAUCACACUAACUCAAUCCAGUUCUAUUAUACAAUCAAUGAUCCGGAAUUUCUGCAUCCCCUUAAACUUCAUAGGAAUAGAUUUUUUUAGGCAAAGGGAAUGAAAGCUUUCCUCAGGGCUUAUUUCACUGAUAGACCCACUCCAGUCCACACUCUGUAAGAUGAGCAGCUUCAUAAGACUAAACCCUGAAGUCGUUACCUGGGCGACCGGGAAGCCCCAUGAGGGUAAACGUCCCGCUGAACCCGAGCCAGAGGAGCUUGUGAGAGCAAACCGAGGACUGAUGUUUACACCUUUUCACUUUUCCACCAUCCCACUAUACCAAGCCAACUAUACUUGCUUAUUUUGUGUGAACAAAGUUAGUGUAAACAAGUGUACAUUCAAUAAAAAUGAUUGUUGAAAGUGUUGUCAUGCUGGUUUUACACACUCCCACCGAUCCUCUCAGAAUAGUUCUGAGCUUUCAGUGUCUUUUCCUUUUGAAACACGUGUAGCCAUGAACAGUCUGUGACUUGCUAUAUUAUCCUGUUUGCUUUUUAUUUUUUUCUGUAUAUGCCCUAAGAUUAAUUUUAUUGUGCUAUGUAAAUAAACAAGUACAAAUGGA